CCAUGCCCAUGUCGUACACACAGUUCUUGACCCAAGUUGCGACUGCUCUGCAUGAAGAGGACGGUCUCACAUUAGCGUUUCUCAUUCGGCCUACAAGUCCACACGGGAAGGAUCUCGUUAAAGAGUUCCGGAAUCCAACACGACAAAACCUCUCUCGAUAUGAGGGAACGAUUGACAGUCCGUGGGAUGAAAUUAGCAUUCAGUACGUGUUAGUGACCUCGCAUGUCGCGAGGCAACGUUACGCGGACGCGUACAAGGAACACACGAGUCUUGUGAACUUGUUCCUGCGCUUCUUCGCAAAUAACAGUGGAUGGACACUACCUGCUCUCUUCGCCAUUCUUCGUGACUUGAGGGAUCUAGCAUUCGAUGCAGACGUGCAAGCAAGAGACGCAUCACAAAAGAGCGAGUGCAUGGAAGACGCGGCCAGAAUUAUUUCCAAAGCUUUCAGUAACUGCGUUACAGAUAGAACCUCACCCAUCGGGAUGUCUCGUAAAUGGGGUAUCUACUACGUCGUUGGCUUGAUCAUGAAGAGUUACUUUCGUAUCCGACGCAUAUCGCUUUCGAAGAACAUUUUACGCGCACUACAAGCCAAUCCAGAUAUACCGCCUUUGUCCGAAUAUCCAAAAGCGCACCAAGUCACGUACAGAUACUACCUGGGCAUGCUAAGUUUCUUGAACGAAGACUACGCCAAAUCUGAACAGGAACUGACCCUUGCUUUUUACAACUGCCACAUCGAGGCUCGUAACAACCGAGAACGUAUUCUGACUUAUCUGAUCCCUUUGCGGAUACUUCGUGGUCACUUGCCCUCCCGAGAGCUGUUGGACAAAUUCCCCGUGCUGGACGAGCUGUACACUCCAUUCAUCGACCCGAUCCGACGCGGCGACAUCAAGGCAUUCGACACCGCGCUCGACAAAUGGGAAAGGCGACUCGUCGAUCUAAACCUCUGGCUGACUCUCGAAAGAGGCAGAGAGCUCUGCAUACGAGGGCUGUUCCGACGCGUGUGGGUCGCAUCGUCACAGAGCACCCGUAUACCAGUGUCACUCUUUCAUUCAGCGCUCCAGAUGUCCGGCAUGGACGUGCCGAUCGAAGAAGCGGAGUGCCUUGUCGCAAACAUGAUCUACAAGGGCUAUCUGAAGGGCUAUAUUUCUCAUGAACGACAGAUGGUGGUGUUGGCCAAAGCCGCAGCGUUUCCUCGCUUGGCGGAUCGUCCGACACCUUUCGCUCUCUACUGAGUGCCCAAUGUGAAAUGUAUGUACAAAUGAUCCUCUUUCAUAUCGAGAUUUGUGUGGGCACAGCUGUGCCGAAGUUCGAAAAGGAAUAUUUGUUUGCUGUGCCCCAUCGAAAUCAUUUCCAAAAGCGCAUGAGGCCCCUUGAGGAUUGUUCCAGGAUGCUGACCUCCGACCGUAUCGUGAAGGCAAGACGACUCUAGCGGGGCCUGCAUUACUGCCGUACGGUGUAAUGCUUACCUCGACACGCCGCACGAGGGUUGCGAUGGUCAACAGCUGUGGCAGUUUGCAAAUGCCCAACGGGCCCCGUUGCUAUACAAAAAUUUCCAUUGCAUUUGGCAACAUGGCGGGAGAAUGUUUUGCCCUUUGUUGCCCCGCGUGUCAAAAAUGUAGCCGCACGCUUGGACCAGUCGAGUCCGCUCUUUGUUCUUUCUCAGAACCCUAUAAAAGGCAUCGGCAUUCCCUCUCUUCUUGUUCCACAGCCCCACGACAGCCUCGACUCCUCCACCGAAACUC